AUUAAAAUACAUGUACGAAUUUUAAUCGGCCUGGAUUCGAGGCUACACUAUAGUAGAUCUACAUGAAGAAGCAAGAAGACAACAAUGGGGACUCCGUUGGUGGCUCUGGCUUGGCCCGCGCUUGCCUCUCCCUAUAUCUAUCAGUCCUCUUAUGAAGUUCACAUACAAUUAAAUGAGCCACUAUGGACUCUGACGUCUGGUCCAAAGGUCAUUUCCAUGGAAAUAAUGGGACUGUGCGUUCAACUGGAAUCCAUUCUACUGCAGACCAACGAGAGAGAGGUGAUGGGCGGAGGAAAGAGGGUGUGGUUUGAACAAGGUAGCAGCCAUCAGAGUAACGUUCUCCUUGGGCACAUUAGAGACACCCUCGACAAGGCUGGGGAAACAAGAGCUCUGGAGAGCUACCUAAGAGAGUCUGGAAUAGGGUACCUGUUUCCUCGCAUGGAGCUCUAUCUGCAAGAGCCUGAACAAGAACUGGCAUCUGUUGACAGUCCCAUCAUGGACAGCUAUUGGUCUCAUCUGAGCAGUUUACACAAUGUGUCCACACUGGCCACACUUAUUCAGACAGACUUGACAUCAUCACCCUCUCACAAGUACAUUGCCCACACUGCCGCCCUCCUCUAUCAAGCGUUGAGUUGUCUGCCCCAGACAAUGACACACUUCAAAAAAGAGAUAGAAAAUAAGUUCUCAGAUCUAAAGUCUGCCUGUUCCCCGGGACCAACAGGACACCCUCCAAGAUUACCUCCCCACCUACACUCAUGGUUCUUGGACUACAAUGUUAGACUGAAGGCCUGGACUUGCAAUCCUGUGUCUCACAAUUCCCCACAAAUGGCUCAAGUACUGGACAUUACACAAUGAAACCAUCAAUACUAUUUUUUUGUGAUUUAUUUUGUGCGGUAAUUAUUAUGUAAUCAUAAUUAUCAGCACGUUCCCUAA